AUGAAGUGUCGCUAGGCUCAAUCCCAAGUACCAUAAUAGGAGCAAGAAUCAGAUGAAGGACGAUACAACCAUAUAUUCCUAACACUUCUGGGCCGCAAGGUGACAGUGAUUACCGACAAUGAAUCGUUAGCAUUGUUUUUGACGGCGCGACAGAUGAACGAGCGCCAAGCACGGGUCUACAACUUCAUAUCUCAGUUCAAUUUUGUCAUCAGACAUAUCAAAGGUGAUUGGAACAAAACACCUGACAUGUUCUCCCGCCAGUACGAGGAUGACAACAUCUGCGACUCGUAUGAGGACCCAAACCUUGACGAUCUCGACACGGAACAUGAUCGUGACGAUUAUUUGCCACUAGCACCAAGGCUGCAGUCUCUGCAGACCGAAACACUCCGACGCAGUAGUCGUCUCGCUCAGCCAAGACCAACCGAACAGAACAAGACUCCAGCGGUGGAGACAACACCGAAGGCGAAGGUGGCGAAGCCUAAGCCGAAGAAACUAUCGCGCAAGGAAAAAGCGAUUGCUGCGCGACUCGAGGAGGAAGGUGGAAUUCCCACCGAUCAAGCUCUGAAUCUUGACCCUCAACACCGAGACAGGACGUGGCAAGCAGCCACGGACUACAUGAACGAUCCUUUCUUCAAGAAGAUCGUGACCACCGUUGAUGAUUUCGAUCGAUACACCCUUAGCGCUGAUGGCGCUCUGUGGCAGAAUGACGAAAUUUACGGCGACCAACUGUGCAUCGCAGCCGGCACCGUGGACGGACAAAAAGUCCGAGAACUCGUGUUGGAACACGUACACAAGAUGACAGUACACACUGGUAGCCGAAAGAUGGUCGCUCACGCAGCACAUCACUACUGGUGGCCUACUAUGAGUGCGGAUAUCGAAGAAUACUGCAAGACCUGCGAAGCAUGCCAAGUCUCCAAGACCGGUACACAAAUGCGUAGCGGAAAAUUGCACUCGAUGUCGAUACCGGCAGGUCCGCUACAGACGAUCACAGUGGACUUCCAAGGCCCACUUGUGAAAGCAAAAUGGCAAGGAAAGGAAGUUGAUUUCCUGUGCAACUGGAUUGACACCUUCUCUGGAGAGGUCAUAUCCGUGCCUUGCGAACAGACGAUUACCGCAAAGGGAUGCGUGGAACUAUUUUUUCAAUUUGUGUUCCCUCAGUGGGGAAUACCGACUCAGAUCGUGUCUGACCGCGACCCUCGAUGGACGUCAGAUCUCUGGCGAGCCAUGUUUGAAGGGCUCGGCACGACGCUACUCCUUAGCACGAGUUUUCAUCCGCAAACGAACGGGCGCAUCGAACGGAUGCACCGAGACCUCAACGCGAUGAUGAGGCAGAUCAUGAACGAAGAACAGACGAACUGGCCUGAUCAACUACCAUUCGUGGUACACGCCAUCAACUCCACAAAAAGCUCCUCGACAGGGUACUCGCCCUACCAGCUGGCUUGAGUUGUAGCACCGAAGAACGUGCCCGGCUGGGCACGGGCCCCCGACGGCACCACCGCUGGCGACUUGAUUGAGCAAGCGGUACAGAGACGAUUGCGCGCACGCGACAAUAUCUUGAAAGCACGUGGUGACCAAGCUGUCAUUGCCAACCACAAGCGAAAACCCGACGCCGACCCUCAGAAGGCCAUAGGAGAAUUCUUUCUAGUGCGCACAGCGAACUUCGCCUGCGCACCCGACCGAUCACGCAAGUGGACCGCCCCUUGGGACGGCCCAUUCGAAUGUGUGGAUUUCAUUCCUGCCACCUCGACGUACACGCUGGAACUCACUCCGCGGUACGCACAACAACGGAUUCACCCCCGAUUUCAUGGCAGCCAGGUGAAGAAGUGGAUCGCCACCGACGAAGACCGAUUCCCCAACCGCCUUUUCAAUCCCAAGCCGCUUUUUCCGAUCAACAGCAUGACGAUGACCUCUCUCAACGGAGGAUCAAACGACUUGCAGAUCCCAGAAUCGCGGAACACCUCCGUUUUAACACCGGUCCCUACAGAGGACCAGGAGGAAACAGGAGAGGAGGUGGCUACUCCCACACGACGAGGUCCUCUCCCAGUCCAGAGACAGGAGCCGACCUUACUAGACGAAAAUCCAACCAACUUCAAUGGCCCGUAUACAAUAUGGGUGUAUGAUAUAUGA